AAAGGCUUGACCGUCCUCCUCGGUUUCGGUCUCAUUCAGCUCACACUCUACACACCACCUUCCCCCAAGAACAUCUUCUGUCUCUUGCUUUGACUCAACAAUUCCGUUGUUCACAUACAACCCCUCUUACAACCCCUCAGUGCAUCUACCCCUGAACAUUCAGCGCUCGAGUCCCUGAAUAGAAAGCACCUACAGCACACAUCUCAGCUGUAGACCACCUACCCAUCACCACUACAUCUCUCAUCACUUCCCAUCACAAUGAUCGCCUCUCACGGACGCGGUGGUGCCGGCAACAUGGCCGACACUGCUCACACUCCCAAGACGAACCCCGCCGAUCUCCAGACUCCUGUCCUCAGGGGCUCUGUUGUGACCACUGGCCGUGGCGGAACUGGCAACAUGGCCAAGAACGACGACCCCCGCGAGACUCGCAAGCGCCAGGACGUUGAGGCUGUCUUCCGACGUCCUUCUGCUGGUGCUCAGCACGCUGGCCGCGGCGGCGCUGGCAACGUCUUCAAGGACUCUGACGAGGAGCUGACUCGCCGACCAAGCAACGACAACGCCAUCGCUGAGGAUGACGAGCCCGUCAAGCAUGCUCCCGCCACCGAGUCCCUCGCCCAAAAGGGCAAGAACUGGCUCUUUGGCAAGAAGGCUUAGAAAACGCCCCCUUUUCACCACACACACACACACACAUUUGAAUUAUUUUAUUCUGUGGGCAUCUCCCUUGCAUGAGAGGUUUUUGGGAGGGCGUAAUCUAUUUUCGAGCUUGGUGUUCUAGGCGCCUUUGACAAUGGGAUAAGACAUGGUCAGGCCAUUUAUGAGUACGGACGAACGGACAGGAAUGAAUGAAUAAAACUUGACGGGAGGAAAAGCUAAAGAUACCCAUCUGCGGGUUGUGAUGAAUUGGAGAGAGAUGAUUUUUUUCUUUCUUUUUUAAUAUAUCAUGAUCGCCAUUUUUUCUGCUAU